AUGGGACCAUUCCCUGUGUCAUGUGGGAACUUGUAUAUCUUGGUGUGUGUCGACUAUGUGUCGAAAUGGGUGGAAGCAGCUGCUUUGCCCACUAAUGAUGGAAAAGUGGUCCCAAUGUUCCUGAAGAAGUUGAUCAAUAGAUUUGGGGUGCCACGGGCGAUCAUCAGUGAUGGAGGGUCACAUAUUUGCAAUCGGCAGUUUUCUGCCCUGAUGAGGAAAUACCAUGUUUAUCACAGAGUGGCAACUCCAUAUCACCCUCAGACUACAUUUAAAACGCAAACUGGUAUGCCACCUUACAGACUGGUUUAUGGGAAAGCUUGUCACUUACCUUUGGAGUUAGAGCAUCGCGCAUACUGGGCCAUCAAAGAGUUAAAUUUUGACCCUCGACUCUCGAAGCAGAAGCGCCUUUUGCAACUGAAUGAACUUGAUAGUUUCGCUUGUCGGCAUAUGAGAAUGCCAAGUUGUACAAGGAAAAGAUCAAGAAAUGGCACGAUGCUCAUAUCGUGCAUAAGCAGUUUACAGAAGCUGAAGUCAAGAUGGAGCGGUCUUUUCAAAGUGCGACAUGUAGUUGAAUAUGGCGCAAUCGAGCUCGAAAAUGCAAGUGGGGAGACUUUCAAAGUCAAUGGACAUCGGUGCAAGCCGUAUUUAGGUCCUUUGACAAAAGAAGGAAGAGAGUGCUAUACUCUCGAUGCUCCAAAUUGA